AUGACCUUGCGCAGCGCCGCGCGGAUCCUGCCCCUGGCGCUUGCCCUGGCGGUGGUGUCCGAGGUGUCCUGGGGCCGGAGGCCGUCGGGAGUGCUAUGGCCUGGGCAGGGCUGCGCCGCACUGGGCCGCUGCUGUCCGGGCAGUGAUCCGACCUGCGUCGCCCGCGGGCCCCCGCGCUGCUUCUGCGACCAGGCGUGUGACGCGGUGCCGGACUGUUCCCCGGACUACUCGCGGGUCAGCCCAGGGAGCAGGGCAGGAGGGGUCGUGGGGACCAGUCAGGAGGCACGAGAUGGGGAGGAGAGAAGAGUGGGUCUCUUGUUUGUGGUAGAGUGGAAUGGCUGGAGUUGCUGUGUCAAGCCCUGCCAGAUCUCCUAUCGCAUCCGCCGGAGGCGUGUCCUGCCGGAGCCAAGGAACGGGUGUGCUCCCCGCCGCCCGCUGGAAGAGCCGGCUGGCUGUGUGGAUUACCGCGGCCGCCAGAGAGUGGAGUGCCAACAGCCUUUACUCCCUGCUCUGAUAACCACAGGCAGCUACGGGAACGAGCAGAAAAAGCGAGGUGUCCCCAAGGAGCAGGAGACAGUACUGCUUCAGUUCCUGCUGGGGCCCAUUCCAGAGAGCCGCCAGCAGGUGAGGGCGCCCCACGCCCAGUGGACAAGGUAUCUGACCCAGGGCCACACGGUCUGUGUGAGGUGUGAGUGGCCUGCCCCGGACGCCAGGAACCAGCGCUGCUACGGGGAUGUCGGCGGGGCCGGAGGGAACCAGCUGUUGCAGUGGCAAGCAGCCGGCCACCCCCGGUGCCAAGGGACCUGGGAGAGGCUCAGGCAGCUCCGGGACUGUUCCUGCCCUGAGGUCCACAGCCUCGUCUUCAUCUAG